AUGAAUUGUGUAAAUGAGAGCACCAUAGAGGAGUUCAUUCUCUUGAGUUUCUCAGAUCAACCACGGCUGGAGUUCCCGCUCUUUGUGGUCUUCUUGGUUUCCUAUAUCUUGACCAUCUUGGGGAAUCUGUCCAUUAUGCUAGUAUCAUACCUAGACUCCAAACUCCAUACCCCCAUGUAUUUCUUUCUUACCAACCUGUCACUGCUGGACCUUUGCUACACCACAUGCACAGUUCCACAGCUGCUGGUGAAUUUGCACAGCCUUAGGAAAGUCAUCAGUUAUGGGGGCUGUGUGGCCCAGUUGUUCAUGUUUCUGGCCUUGGGGACAACUGAGUGUGUCCUGCUGGCAGUCAUGUCCUUCGACAGGUUCGUGGCCAUCUGCCGGCCUCUGCACUACUCGGUCAUCAUGCACCAGAGGCUCUGCCUGCAGCUGGCUCUGGCGGCUGCCUCCUGGCUCAGCGGCUUCAGCAACUCAGUGUGGCUGUCCACACUCACACUCCAGCUGCCACUCUGUGGCCCCUAUGUAAUAGAUCACUUUCUCUGUGAGGUCCCCGCCCUACUCAAAUUGUCCUGUGUGGACACCACAGCCAGUGAGGCCGAGCUCUUCUUUGUGAGUGUGCUCUUUCAUCUGAUACCCAUGAUGCUCAUCCUUGUAUCAUACGCUUUUAUUGCCCAAGAAAUCCUGAAAAUCCAGUCUGCUGAAGGCCGACAGAAAGCAUUUGGGACAUGUGGCUCCCACCUAAUAGUGGUGAUACUUUUUUAUGGUACCGCCAUCUCCAUGUACCUGCAGCCACCUUCACCUAGCUCCAAAGACCGGGGGAAAAUGGUUUCCCUCUUCUAUGGAAUCAUUGCACCAAUGCUGAACCCCCUUAUAUAUACACUUCGGAACACAGAAAUAAAAGAAGCCUUUAAAAGGUUGAUUGCAAGAGUCUUCUUAAUCAAGAAAUAA